GCAUUGUUGAGUUCUUAAAACGAACGUGUUUCUUCUUUUCUCUCUUUCAUAAUUUCGGUGUGAAAAAUCGUCGCGUCGCGUGUUGCGGUUUCUUAAUACAUUUCGAUAUAAAUCUAUUUAUUUAUUUAAUAUUAUUUUAUGUGUGUGUGUGUUUUUUUUUUUGAUAAAAAGAAUUUCCGGUGUAAUAUAAGUAAAUUGUUUUUAAGCGUUUAAACGCCUAAACGCUAAAGGCCUUUAACGAAAAGUAAACGACGUUUUAACGCGUUAUUAAUUGAAAGUGUGUGCCUCAAGGCGUAUAAGUGUUUUUAAUUUGAAAUUUAAAUCAAAUUUUUAAAAUAUUAAAGUAAAAAUAUUAAAGCGAAAAAAGGCGUUUUCCCGCUAUUUUGUGAGAAAAAAGAAAAUAACAUCUAUUGUGUUUAUUUGCAUCUAGUAAAGAGUUGUAUGGUGGAACAGAACACAGCAAAAAAAAUCUGUAAUUUAAAACCAUUUGUUAUUCUAAUUGGAUUGACGUGUGUUUACACUCAAUAACCAGCUGCUAACUGUCCACAGUAGUACGUCAACAAACCAACACCAACUACUUUAAUAUUUAUGCCAUUGUGUUCCAUUGACUUCCUCAACCAGCCAGACUCUUUAUUUAACUAAUUUUCAAAGCAUUUCUACAAAAAUUCAGUUUCUCGCAUUAAACCAGCUAAAAAAAGCUAACAAAAUAUAAAUAAAAAAUCAAUACGUCUAAAAAUUGCUUUAAUCCUUUACGUGUUUAAAACGUGUUUCAAAGUGUGCGUGUUGUAUUCGCCCGUUUACAACGAAAAUAAAAUACAGAAAAACGUAAAAAGGAAAAAUACACGUUUUAGUGCGGUUUCUAAGGUGACCAAUUUCGUCAAGUCAAUAAUAUUGGAACCACAAUAAAAAAACAAACAUUUUACGUAAAAUAGAAAAAGUGCUUACAAUCAUUAGUCAACUUCAGCAAAAAUUUUAAUACAUUUUCUCUUAAACGCAUUACAAAACACCGGAAAUUUUACCAGUUGUUCAAUUCAGCUAAUAACAAACGUCAGUCAAUAAUAUUCAACAGAUAUUUUCUUUUUGGUGGAAUAAAAAAAACUACAAAAGCCAGAGAAAUAUUUCAAUAACUUUUUCAUUUACUUUGGUGGGAUUAUUUCGCCACUGAAUUUCUUUAAUGUCCAUCAGUACGCAACCUUAGUUUUGCUAUAUAUUUUUAGUGUUAUUUACUCCCCGAGAGGAGAAAAGAUCUUUGCACGAUUCUUUUUGCAGUCUUAAGAUCUUAAAUGCCAAACUUCUGAUCUAAGUGCCAAUCCAAUGGAUUUCAUUGUUCAACUCUUUAAAAAAUGGACUGUCCAAUCGUCGUGGCGACCACAUUGCCCCUACCAAAAGAAGUUCAUCUCUCAAAUGAGAACAUCAAUUCGUAAUCAUCACCUUCAGCAUUUGCAACCAGAAGACGACGACGUCGACAUCGACGAAAUACAAAUCAUCGACAGCGAUAUGGAACGAUUUCAUUUAAGUAGCAACAAUAAAAAAGACUCUUCCCUCAACGGUUCGCAGCUCUCGAAUGCCAGUCACAAUGCCAAUAACUCGAAUAAGAAAUGGUCCUUUGGACGCUUCUUUCGUCGUAAGAAGGAAAUUGAAUCGGAAUCCUCGUCGGAAGAGGACCGUAAGGCUGGUUUUGUGCCCGCGCCAAAAUAUAAUCGCAGCGCUAGUAACUCUGCGGCCGCCAUCACUUCAACGCCAAAUAAGAAAACCAAAUCAUCGAAAUCUGCUAGUCGUGGCAGCAAGUUAAUGAGCGGUAAUUUUGAUCAUGUCAUUGUGAGUCCCGGCAACACGGGAAAUAGUUCACAGAAUUUGAGUUCGUCCUCAGUGCAACAUGUGGAUAAUGAAUUUUUCUUGCCUGUGGAAACUGUACCGGCUCAGGAGCCUUAUUAUCAAAAUAAUUCUCAAGUGCAGGCGCCACAGCCGCAACAGCGUUUGCAUCAUUCUCAACAGUACCUGCCGCAUGUACCUCAAACGCAACAACAAAUGAUGAGUAGAUCUGCUCACUCUUUGGAUCGUAGAACGGCCCGGGCUAAACAGCGUUCGGCGCAAAAAUUGGCCACAAAUGGUGUAACAGCCGCCGAGGUGGUAGGUUCCUCUUCGGAAGAGGAGAUAAUCUCUCUAAAUUCUACCACUUUUGCCAAAUACCGCAGUGAUGAAAGUAUUCAUAGUGGCGGUCAGGCUCAUGUCAAUAAUGGCCAAAGUCGUAGAUCAAGGGCUGCACGCAAUGAACGUUACUACAAACGUUUAUCGCGUGAUGGUGAGGUUAGUCACGGGCAGGUUCCCGUUAUGUAUGCUCAACAGCCUACUCAAAGAUGGAAGACCCAACCGGUGCCUUUAUCGAUUUACCAGCCUCCCAAACAGCAAGUGGCUGCACCGCAACAACCUCAGCCUCAAAUGCGUUCUUCCACCUCCCAAAGCGGCCAAUACUCCAAAUUGCGUAAUACGAAUAGUUUGCAACAUAUGGCGCCAUAUGUCCAAUGGAAUCAAAUGCAACAGCAGCAACCAAAGAACUUACAAAACUCGGUCAAUGAUACCAAACGUAGCAUUAGCUAUGACAGUCAUAUACACUUGCAAAAUGCCAAUGGCAGAUUGCAAAAUAAACCCAUGCCGCCACCACCACCUCCAAGGGAUCCUUUAAGGAGGGUAAAUGUUAGUGGUCAUCUUCAGGAUGGCAGUGCUGGGGAUUUGAGACCUAUUUCAUAUGCCUUUGAUCAAACAGGAGUGCCGGUCUUGCCCACAUCGGGUUUAAAUGGUCGUUGUGUAUCGGAUGACAAGAUUUGGGCGCAACAGCCCCAUUAUCAAUCCAUACACUCGCUAAAUAUUACACCCAAUCAGGCAAAUCAGCAAACUGCGGCACCAACUAAUCGUAGAUUCAUUACCAGAGCCGAAAGAGAUGCUCAACCUGGUAAGAAAUCUUUGCCCAAUGGUUUAGAUUUUCAUUAUGUUGCCGAUGCUACGCCACGCUCUCGCAAACCCAUACAUAUGCUGGAACCGAGCACAUUUGAGAAUGACAUCAAUGAACCCCAAUCGAAUGGCAUUUUGCGCACCACUAAGAGUGGAUUGCCAACAUCGCCUACUAAGACCAAUGCUACAGAAUUCUGGAAACGUUUGGAGGGUUCUGCCCAGAAUGUGAAUACACCCACACCAGCACCACGUGGUCGAGAUAUACAGCGUUCAGCUGGUGUCGAGGUAACCAUGAAACCACGUUCUGUGUCUAGCUCCCGUGUGGGAGAAAUGAGAGCCUAUCAAGUGCCCAUGUAUUCGGAGGUUUAUAAGCCCAAAAAUAAAACUUCACCUAUGCAAAACACUACCUCCCCCCCGGCCACCGGAGGCGAUGAAGUGGAUAGUGUUAUAUGCGGAUCUUUGCAUAUCAAACCUACUCAGGAUAGCAGCAAUAAUUAUGUGGAAAUACGAAACAAAGAUGACAAUAAGACCCAAUCCAUGCCCAAUCAUUAUCAUAGACGUUCAGGGGAAAUACCCACUACACCCAAUAAAUAUGAGGAAUAUGUUAAUGAACGUCGCGAGCAACAUCAUAAUCCCUUGUUUGAUGCUCCUCAGCCACCGCAGAGGAAGCUAAGUGGUGUUCCUCAUAUACCACAGUUGAGUUUUCCACGCAAGAAACCGGCCAACUUGGAGGAGGCCAUUAAUGAAUUGGAAGCAAUUUAUCGUUCUUUGGGAUUAACCGAACCAGAACCAGAAACCAAGAAAGAGCGUGUAGCUACUCCCAAUGAUUUUGAGAAAUAUGCUUUAGCCCAUGCCGAUGAAUAUGAUGACGAAGACUCACCUGCUGGAGAACCAGAUCCAGUACGCGAUGAUGUUGCCUAUCGUAAUAUAAAAUUGGCCAAUUUGCAACAUAAAACGUCGGAAAAACAACCACCAUUUGGUAUCCCAUUAGGACCCAUAGUGCCCGCGGCACAAACUGAUUAUUUGCAUGUAACACCUAAACGCAAAGAGCCAGUGGCUUAUGAAACUGCCAAAGCUCCAGAUGUAAUAAAAGAUGAUUUGGCGGUACGGGCUUUACGCAAAGAUCCGGGCGAAAAUAAAGGCAAAUUCCAAUAUCCUUCGAGUAGUUUACUAAAGAAAAAUCGUGCUACACGUACCCAAUCGGCCAAUAUCUAUGCUUUGAUUCAAAGAGAUGCAGCCAAACCUUCCGGCGGCGAUUUGCAUUCUUAUUUGGAAUUAACCAAAAACCUGGAACGUUCAGGCAGUAUGUCGAAUUUACAUAAAAAUGAAUCGGCCAGUGAUAUACCCACCACUUUGAAACUAUUGCAAAAUCUUAGGGAACAGGAUAGAGAACAAAAUCAAGUGAAAAAGUCCAAUAUACCAUUUCGUCAUCCCAGCCAGGGAGGAGCCAUAUGUCAGCUACCCGAAAAGUUAAGCACUACGGGUCAUGAAGAAGAAAAGCCCCCUAAACCGGUACCCAUGCCACGUAAAUCUCUUACACCCGAACCGCAAAAUACAGACACCCAUAAAAUGGAGGAGGCUCUGAAUAAGAUAGCUCAAGAUGCCCAAGAGAGCAGCAUAAAAUUGACACAAGAAUUAAAGGAACUAAGAAAAGAAGCUUUGAUUACCGCCUCCAAACCUAAGAAAACCAAUCCCGAAGAAGAGAGAUUGGUCAAGGAGUUACAGGAAAUAGAAAAAGUGUCUCAGGCAGCCAAAAAAUGUGGUGAAAUGCUGUUGGACACCUUGCCCGAUAAUGCUACAAACGAAGGCGAUGAUGUGGCCAAACCACGUAAACUGCACAAAGAAGAUAAAUUGAUAAAGGCCAUCGAUCAGGUAUCAGAGGCCGCCAAUAAGGUGUGUGAAAAGAUACUUAAGGAUAUAGUAACCACUGAACCACCAGUAGUGGUGCAGGAAGCCGUUCGGGUAACACAAACACCUACUGACAGCAAACCGUCAAAAGAAGACAAUCUAGUUAUGCCCACCUUGAUCAAGAAACUAGAUCCCAUAAAUUCGACAAAUAUUGAAGCUAUAGCUAGAAGAUGUAUGCGCCAGUUAAGCGAUUUGGCGGAUGGUCAUGACUAUGACAAUCUCAAUCAAACGGAUAUAGCGGUGGCUACAACGUGUAAUAUGCAACAGGUUACAAAAGACCCAACAACCAAUGAUUUGAACACUUCUAAUCUUACAGAGACACGUAAACCACCCAGCAGCAAUAAACCAAAGCAAAAACAGCAAAUCGAGGAGAUUGAUCAAAUAAUGAAGGAAUGUGAAUAUCAAGCCAAACAACAAGAACAAAAUGUCAAAGUGAAGGCUGUACCGGUAGUGGUAACACAACACCAACAACAGCAACAAGUUGUUAAGGCACCCGGUUCCAGUACCACUGCCUCCUCUUUCUCCUCGUCCAGUGACUGUUUGGCCAAGUCCUCCAGCCCCUCGGGCAGUAGACGUUUCUCGUCGAGUAUUACCUCUUUUAAUCCUUACUCGUCCAGUGAUUAUAUCAAAUCACCCAGUAGUGAUUUUCAUGCACCCAGCACUGAUCCCAUUAAAACCUUCAGCACCACAUCCUACGAUGUACAAUCGACAACCAGUGCUACACCGAAUCUUACCACCAAUAGCACUUUCAGCUAUUCACCCUCACCGCCACCGCUAAAUCUUACACCCAUCAGCAAUUGCAGUGCCACCAUAGCGUCCAAUACCCAGCGGGGACGUUCUUCAUCGCCAUCUCAAUACAAUUCCUCCGAAGAAUUGGCCAUGAUCUUUGGCAUAGAAGAAAAGUCCAAAUCAGCGAAAAAACUACAAAAUAAUUCAGGUAAAGAUGAUGUGACAACUAAUAACCAACACGCUACUACGCCAGAGUUAAUAUUGCUCGAGCAAGAUAAACUAAAAACUAACGCUGCAUCCCCCCCAGAAUGUUAUACUACUGCUAAUACUAUCGAUAAUAUUGAUCAUUGUGCUAAAACUAAUGAUGAUUGUUUAUUGUUGUUAUUAAACCCCAACUCAUGUACACAUACUACUAAUAAUGCUAGCUCUACUCCCAUGUCAUCUGCAUCUACGCCCUCCUCUUCAUCUCGAUUAGAAACUAUACCGGAAGGUUUAGUGGAAAUCAAAGAGGAAUCUGUAAAAUUAUCCGCUAAUUUUAAUAAGAUCUAUGCUAGUAAAUUAAGUAUAUUUGUAGAUAAGAUGAGGGAAGUGCAGGAGGUCGAGGGACAACCUCUAACACAAUUUGAUUCGUUAAGUUCUUUGGAGGAGACUUCCUCUAAUCCCGAUUCGGGUAAUGUUAGUUUAGCUGAUUUUCCCUUGGGCCAACAAAAUGUUAGUCUACAAUUGAGUUCUAAUUACAAUACACGUUUUGAGGUUAGAAAUUGUUUUAAGAGCGAGGUGGUCAUAGCUACUAAGAGUAAGGAAAAGUUGGGGGAAGUUAAAGAUUUGGAAGACCAGGAAGUAGAGGAAUUUCCCAGAUUACCCACUGCUGAGGAACUGGAGGAGAGUUUAAAGGAACGCACUCUGCUAGAAGAGAAUCUUAAGAAAACAGAAGAAUUUUUGGGAGAGCAAAGUGUUUUAAGAGAGAAAUUAGCUUUAGCUAAAGAAGAUCAUGAGCUAAUGGGAGAGAGAAUUAUAUGGGCUAGAGAUGAGAUUAUGGCAGAGGUAAAAGCUUUAGAAGAAAAAGCUUUAAGAGAAAGAGAACUCAAAGAAAUAGAUUGUUUAGUGGAAGAGGAAAAUGAAGCAGAGGAAGAAGAAUCUUUAAGAGAGAAUUACAACUCUCUAAAACUAGAUAUUGAAGAGUCAUUAUGUUUAGAGGAAACUAAAACAAAGACACCUUUACGCAAGCGCAGCAUUGUUAUAGAGACACCACAUUUAGAAAUGAAUAUCAUGGAAGAGAGAAUUAAUUAUGAAUUUAGUGUUAAUAAAGAGGAAUCCACAAAAGACUCUCUAGAAGAAGACAACUUAAGUUUGCAACAAUUAACUGAAGAUUGUCAAAAGUUAAGUGAAAAUUUAAAACAGGAAAUGGAUAAAUCAGAAGAUAUACCAAAAGCUACUGAAGGAGACAAAGAAGAAACUCCUACUACUACUACCACUACUGAAACUGACUUAAGAUUGCGUGUCUGGCAGCCACAAAACCCCGAUGAAUUACCCUCAACCAGUUCGAAAGCCAACUCCAAUAUGGUGGUUAAUGUUUUGGGUGAACAACGUCAAAUGGUGAAUAGUUUGACUCUCUUAGAGCAUCUAGUUGUCGCUUGUACAUUAGGUAUCAUCAAUACCGAUGAUAUGUUUACACUGUGUCUUAUAAUUAUUGGCAUCAUAAUUGUUAUAGCUAUAGCCUUAUUUUGAGAAAAGGAAGAAAUCCAAAAAAAAAAAAUCUUGUUAAAUGUUGUUACAUAUAUAUUUUUCGAUUCCAAAAGAAAAUCGAAAAAUUCACCCACUUAAGUGCACUUAUUUUUCAAAAUACUGACCCGACAUUAUUUUUGAAUUUUGUUAGAAGUUUUUUAAGUAGUUUUUUUUUUUAUAUCAAAUUAAGUUUUUAAUUAUUUCUUUAAGUGCAAUUUAUAUUUUCUAAAAAAACCAGAUCAAAUCCUUAAUAUUUAAUUUUAACCUUAAUAAUCUUAAUGUUUAAUAUGUUUUCUCUUCUCUUAACCAAACAUUUUGUAUAUAUUUCUUAUUUUUUUAAACAAUUUAAUAAUUUUUAUAAUUUUAAUAUUAGACUGCAACUUGUGCCAAUGAUUUUAUUAUUAUUUUCAAUACUUAUUAUUAUUAUUAUUAAUUAUCUAUAAAAAAAUUAUUUCAAUAUAUUUCUCGUUUAAGCCUUAAUUUUAUCCAUCAAGUAUUUUAUAUUUAAUAUUUC